AUGGCGACCGAGGCCGGGACCGCGCGGCCUGGAAGCGUUGCCAUGGAGACGACUCGGGAGCUGGGGCUCCAGAGCCCCGGCACAUCGCCGGCUCAGAAGCCCGCGGAACCUCUGUGCGGGGCCGGUGCCACGGUGGCGGCGGCGCGCUGGGACCUGCGGAAAUACUCCAUGCUCAUCGUGAUCGGCGAUAUUGGUACAGAGAGUCAGCUGAGGGCCGUGCGGGCCCACCUAGAACAAGGGAUUCUCUCCUGGAACAUUGACUUAUCGUCCUUUGACUUGGACCAACAGUUGAAACUCUUCAUUACCCGGCACCUAGCUCACUUCUCCUCAGAGGUCAAAGGCCAGAGGACCCUCUGCCACCAGAGUGAGACCCUAGAGAGCACCAUCCUAGUCAACCCAAGUGCAGACAGCAUCAGCUCAGAGGUGCACCAUCUUCUUAGUAGCCCAUCAGCGCACAAACUUCUGAUCUUGAGUGGACAAACUUUAGAGCCGGAGGGAGACCUUAUCCUACAGAGUGGUACCUAUUCUUAUCAAAACUUUGCCCGGGUCCUUCACAAUCCUGAGAUUGCCCAAUUGCUCAGCAAUAGAGACCCUGGGAUCCAGGCCUUCCUUACUGUUUCCUGCUUAGGGGAGGGUGAGUGGAGCCACCUGGGAUUGUCCAGUUGCCAAGAGACCUUGCGCCUCCAGCUAAAUCCUGAGCCUGUGUUGCCCACCAUGGAUGGUGUGGCUGAGUUCUCCGAGUAUGUCUCUGAGACUGUGGACGUGCCCUCCCCGUUUGACCUGCUUGAACCCCCGACCUCCGGAGGCUUCCUCAAGCUCUCCAAGCCUUGCUGCUACAUCUUUCCUGGCGGCCGUGGGGACUCCGCUCUGUUUGCUGUCAACGGCUUUAACAUCCUGGUGGAUGGGGGUUCGGACCGCAAGUCGUGCUUCUGGAAGCUGGUACGGCACCUGGACCGCAUCGACUCCGUGCUGCUCACACACAUCGGGGCUGACAAUCUGCCGGGCAUCAACGGGCUCCUGCAGCGCAAGGUGGCAGAGCUGGAGGAGGAGCAGUCCCAAGGCUCCAGCAGCUACAGCGACUGGGUGAAGAACCUCAUCUCCCCCGAGCUUGGGGUUGUAUUCUUCAACGUGCCCGAUAAGCUUCGGCUGCCUGAUGCCUCCCGGAAGGCCAAGCGCAGCAUUGAGGAGGCCUGUCUCACUCUUCAGUACCUGAACCGCCUAGGCAUCCAGGCCGAGCCUCUCUAUCGUGUCGUCAGCAACACCAUUGAGCCACUGACCCUCUUCCACAAAAUGGGUGUGGGUCGGCUGGACAUGUAUGUCCUCAACCCUGUCAAGGACAGUAAGGAGAUGCAGUUCCUCAUGCAGAAGUGGUCGGGCAAUAGUAAAGCCAAGACAGGCAUCGUGCUGGCCAAUGGGAAGGAGGCAGAGAUCUCAGUCCCCUACCUGACCUCCAUCACAGCUCUGGUCGUCUGGCUCCCAGCCAACCCGACUGAGAAGAUUGUGCGUGUGCUUUUCCCAGGAAAUGCUCCCCAGAACAAGAUCUUGGAGGGCCUGGAAAAGCUUCGGCACCUGGACUUCCUGCGGUACCCUGUGGCAACACAGAAGGACCUGGCUGCUGGGGCUGUGCCUACCAACCUGAAACCCAGCAAAAUCAAACAUCGGGCCGACAGCAAGGAGAGCCUUAAAGCUGCUCCCAAGACAGCCGUGAGCAAGCUGGCCAAACGGGAGGAAGUGUUAGAAGAGGGAGCCAAGGAGGCCCGCUCAGAGCUGGCCAAGGAGUUAGCCAAGACAGAAAAGAAAGGAAAAGAACAGUCUGAGAAACCACCAGAAAAACCCUCCAAGCCAGAGAGGGUAAGGACAGAGUCGAGUGAAGCGCUGAAGGCUGAGAAGCGAAAGCUGAUCAAGGACAAAGUGGGGAAGAAGCACCUGAAAGAAAAGAUCUCCAAGCUGGAGGAGAAAAAGGACAAGGAGAAAAAGGAGAUCAAGAAGGAAAGGAAGGAACUCAAGAAGGAGGAUGGAAGGAAGGAAGAGAAAAAGGAUGCCAAGAAGGAUGAAAAGAGGAAAGAUACCAAACCUGAAGUAAAGAAAUUCUCCAAACCAGACCUGAAGCCUUUUACCCCUGAGGUCCGUAAGACCCUCUAUAAAGCCAAGGCCCCUGGGAGGAUCAAGAUGGACAAAGGCCGAGCUGCCCGUGGGGAAAAAGAGUUGUCUUCUGAGCCCCGGACUCCCCCAGCCCAGAAAGGGGCUGCGCCAGCCCCAUCUGUCAGUGCGCACAGAGAGUCAGCCUUGUCCUCACCGGAGGACCUCACGCAGGACUUUGAGGAGUUGAAGCGUGAGGAGAGAGGUUUGCUGGCUGAACAAAGGGAUAUAGGCGAGAAACUACUCCCUGUAGAUUCUACAGAGCAGGGGUCCCCAAGCACGGCCAUCCAGGCAGCACAACCCUCCAUCCCAGGACUUGAGCAAGAAGAACAAGUGAUAAGAGAGAACGAGGUUGUCCCAGACCUUCCCAAGGAUACAGGGAGCAAGAGCAGAGCCCCAGACUCAGGGGCUGAGACAGAGAAAGAGAAAGAAACCUGGGAGGAAAAGAAGCAGAGAGAGGCAGAGAAGAUCCCAGAAAGCACCGAGGUCAGGGACGAGAGUGAACCUGAGGUAAAAGAGGAUGUGAUAGAAAAGGCUGAGUUAGAAGAAAUGGAAGAGGCUCACCCGUCAGAUGAGGAUGAAGAAGAGACAAAGGCUGAGAGUUUUUAUCAAAAACAUAUGCAGGAGGCCUUAAAGGUAAUCCCAAAGAGCAGAGAUGCUCUCGGGGGCCGGGAACUGGGAUCCCAGGGCAAGGUGCCUGAGAAGGAGACAUCGUCAUUCCUAAGCAGCUUAGCCACACCUGCUGGAGCCACUGAGCAUGUCUCCUACAUUCAGGACGAGACAAUCCCGGGAUACUCAGAGACUGAGCAGACCAUCUCAGAUGAGGAGAUCCAUGACGAGCCAGACGAACGCCCAGCCCCGCCCAGAUUUCCUACAAGUACCUAUGACCUCUCUGGGCCUGAAGGUCCUGGUCCCUUUGAAGCCAGCCAGGCUGCAGACAGCACUGUUCCUGCCACCUCUAGCAAAACUUACGGGGCACCUGAGACCGAACUCACCUACCCCCCUAACAUGGUCGCUGCCCCUUUGGCCGAAGAGGAACACGUGUCUUCCGCCACAUCGAUCACUGAAUGCGACAAGCUCUCUUCCUUUGCCACAUCAGUAGCGGAGGACCAGUCUGCAGCCUCACUCACAGCUCCCCAGACAGAGGAGACAGGCAAGAGCUCCUUGCUGCUCGACACGGUCACAAGUAUCCCCUCUUCCCGCACCGAGGCCACUCAGGGCUUGGACUAUGUGCCAUCAGCUGGCACCAUCUCACCCACCUCUUCACUGGAAGAAGAUAAGGGCUUCAAGUCCCCGCCCUGUGAGGAUUUCUCCGUGCCCGGCGAGUCAGAGAAGAAAGGAGAGGCUGUCGGGAGAGGCUUGACUGGGGAGAAGGCUGUGGGAAAGGAAGAGAAAAAUGUAACAGCAUCCGAGAAACUGUCCAGUCAGUAUGCUGCUGUGUUUGGUGUCCCUGGACAUGCCCUACAUCCAGGGGAAGCAGCCCUUGGAGAAGUGGAGGAACGGUGCCUCAGCCCAGAUGACAGCACAGUGAAGAUGGCAUCUCCUCCACCAUCUGGCCCACCCAGUGCCACCCACACACCCUUUCAUCAGUCCCCAGUGGAAGAACAGUCUGAGCCUCAAGACUUUCAAGAAGAAUCCUGGGGAGACACAAAGCAUACUCCAGGUGUCGUCAAGGAAGAUGCUGAAGAGCAGACAGUCAAGCCAGGGCCUGAGGUGGGCAUACCAGAAGAGGGGAAAGCACCUCUUUCCAGGAGCCCCCAAGCCCAGGAUGCUCCUGUCAGCAUUGUUGGGGGUCAGAGCCCCCAAGCCCAGGAUGCUCCUGUCAGCAUUGUUGGGGGUCAGGCCGGCUGCACCAUUCAGCUGUUGCCAGAACAAGACAAAGCAGUAGUGUUUGAGACUGGAGAGGCAGGUCCAAUUUUAGGAGCAGGAACCCUUCCUGGAGAAGCAAGCGCACCGCUUGAAGAACCUGGUAAAUCUCAGAGAGAUGAUGUACUUCGGUUCACUGAUCAAAGCUUUUCCCCUGAAGAUGCAGAGUCCCUGUCUGUCCUCAGUGUAGUCUCCUCAGACACUGCCAAACAAGAAGCCACGUCCAGGUCUCCCUGUAGCCUGAAAGAGCAGCAUCUACACAAAGACCUUUGGCCAAUGGUAUCCCCAGAGGACACCCAGUCACUUUCUUUCUCAGAAGAGAGUCCUAGCAAGGAAACCUCUCUGGAUAUCUCUUCUAAGCAGCUCUCUCCAGAAAGCCUCGGCACCCUCCAGUUUGGAGAACUAAGCCUAGGAAAGGAAGAAAAGGGGCCUUUGAUGAAGGCUGAAGACACCUCUUGCCACCUGGCUCCUGUGUCUAUUCCAGAGCCCCCCGUUGCUGCAGUGUCACCUCCCACAGAGGAGGCUGCUGGAGAGGCAGAUGUCACAGAUGACAGCCCUGCUGGAAAAUUACCUGGCAGUCCUUUCUCUCACUCUCCACCAUCAGGUGAUAAGAGAGCCUCACCUGGGUCUGAGGUCAUGGGCCCUGCUGGACAUGCUAUGACAUCUGAUAGCUCCCUCACCAAGAGUCCUGAGUCUUUGUCAAGUCCUGCCAUGGAGGACCUUGCCAUGGAAUGGGAAAGUAAAGCUCCAGGGCUGAAAGACAGAACUGCCAAGCAAAAGGAAAAGGAACUCGGGAUGAAAGAUGAGCCCCUCCAGCAGGGCCAGAUUCUGCAGGAGAAGGUUGCUGCUGUUGAGCAGGACUCAGUCGCGCAUCGGAAAGACAGGGCUCUAGAUGAAAAAAGCAAGCCUGGAGAACAGCAGGGUGAGACUUCAGGACAGAAAGGCAGAGGCUUGGACCAACAGGAUGUGGCUGUAGAGCUGGACAAGGGUCCUGAACCCAAAGACAAAGACUUAGAGCGAAAGGACCAGGUCCCAGCAGAGAAGGACAAGGCCUCAGAACAAAAGGGCACAGACCUGCAACAGACCCAAACCACUGAGCCAGAAGCUAGAGAGCAAGAGCACAGAGAUUUAGGAAAAAUAGACAAGGUUGUAGAGCUGAAAGAUAAGACCCCACAAGAGAAAGACAGAAUAUUAGAACAGAAAGGCAAGACUCCAGAGCACAUCAUCCCCGAACCAACACAGACACAGAGAGCUCCUGAACAGAAAAGUGAGGCUAAUAAAGAACAGAAGGAUGAGGCCUCAGAAGAGAAAGGCAAGGUCUUGGAACAAAAAGACUGGGCCCUUGGGAAGCAGGGUGCUGCCCUGGACCAAGAGAGCAGGGUUGCUGAACAGAAAGAUGGGACCCUAAAAGAAGACAAGGAGCAGAAGAGCUCUUUCCUGGAAGAUAAAACCACAACACUGAAAGAGACAAUCCUUGAUCAGAAGACUCCAGAAAAGGCCAAGGCUGUGGAGCAGCAGGAUGAAACUGUCCUGGAGAAGACCAGAUCUUUGGGGCUGGAAGAGAGCCCAGUACAGAGAGGCAAGGCUCAAGAGCAGGAAGAGAAAUACUGGAAGGAGGAGGAGGAGGAGGAGGAUGUGGAUGUGGGCCAUAGAUGGCGAGAAACAUCUCCAGACAGAGAAGAGCCAGUUGGAGGACAGAAAGAGCCUGUUCCAGCCUGGGAGGGCAAGUCUCCUGAGCAAGAAGUCAGGUAUUGGAGGGACAGAGACAUAAGCCUGCAGCAGGAUGCAUACUGGAGGGAGCUAAGCUGCGAGAGAAAGGUCUGGUUCCCUCACGAGUUAGAUGGCCAAGGAGCCCGUCCACGGUACUCUGAGGAACGUGAAAGUACUUUUCUUGAUGAGGGGGCAGAGGAACAAGAAGCGAGCUCAUUGCAGCAUACUCCCCGGAGUCCCUGGGCCUCAGAUUUCAAGGAUUUCCAGGAGCCCCUGCCCCAGAAGGGGUUAGAGGUGGAGCGCUGGCUUGCUGAGUCGCCAGUUGGCCUGCCGCCAGAGGAAGAGGACAAGCUGACUCGCUCCCCCUUUGAGAUCAUCUCCCCUCCAUCCUCUCCACCAGAGAUGACUGGACAGAGGGUUCCUCCAGCCCCAGGACAAGAAAGUCCUGUCCCAGACACUAAGCCUGCACCACCUCUGAGGAAUGAACCUACCACCCCUUCCUGGCUAGCUGAGAUCCCACCGUGGGUACCCAAGGAUAGACCCCUGCCUCCUGCACCCCUCACUCCAGCUCCAGCUCCCCCGACACCUGCCCCAGAACCACACACUCCUGUGCCCUUCUCCUGGGGCAUAGCCGAGUAUGACAGUGUGGUGGCUGCGGUGCAGGAGGGGGCAGCUGAGUUGGAAGGUGGGCCGUACUCCCCCCUGGGGAAGGACUAUCGAAAAGCUGAAGGGGAAAGGGAAGGGGAGGGUGGGGCUGGGGCUCCUGACAACAGCACCUUCGGUUCAAAAGUCCCAGAGGCUAGCAGCACUACCAGGGAUACUGAGGAGACGGAACCGGAGCAGAGGGAGCCCACGCCCUACCCCGAUGAGAGAAGCUUUCAGUAUGCAGACAUCUACGAGCAGAUGAUGCUUACUGGGCUGGGCCCUGCUUGCCCCACUAGGGAGCCGCCACUGGGGGCACCUGGGGAUUGGCCCCCACGCCUCUCAACCAAGGAGGAGGCUGUUGGCCGCCAUACGCCCUCAGAGAAGGAGCCUUCCUCUCCUGUCUCACCUAAACGCCUACAAUAUGACACUCCAUCUUUCAGCUAUGCUGCUCUGGCAGGACCCACUGUACCUCCUAGGCAAGAGCCUGAGCCAGUCCCCAACGUGGAGUCCAGCCUCACCCCUCCGGCAGUGCCCCCUCGUGCCCCUAUCUCCCUCAGCAAAGACCCAAGCCCCCCUCUUAAUGGAAGCACAGUGAGCUGUAGCCCAGACAGGAGGACCCCAUCCCCAAAAGAACUGGGCCGGGGUCACUGGAAUGAUGGUACUAGUGACCCAGACCUGGAGAAGGGGGCUCGGGAACAGCCAGAGAAAGAAGCCCAGUCCCCAAGUCCCCAGCACCCCAUGCCAGUGGGCCACCCCUCACUGUGGCCUGAAACUGAGGCACACACCAGCCUUUCCUCAGACUCGCACCUAGGACCCGCCCGACCAAGCCUGGACUUCCCUGCCUCAGCCUUUGGCUUCUCCUCCUUGCAGCCUGCGCCCCCACAGCUGCCCUCGCCGGCUGAACCCCGCUCGGCCCCCUGUGGCUCCCUUGCCUUCUCUGGGGACCGAGCUCUGGCCCUGGUUCCAGGAACUCCAACCAGAACCCGACAUGAUGAGUACCUAGAAGUGAGCAAGGCACCCAGCCUGGAUUCCUCACUCCCCCAACUCCCGUCACCCAGCUCUCCUGGGGCCCCUCUCCUCUCCAAUCUGCCACGACCUGCCUCACCAGCCCUGUCUGAAGGGUCAUCUUCUGAGGCUACCACACCUGUCAUUUCAAGCGUGGCUGAACGCUUCCCUCCAGGUCUAGAGGCUGCUGAACAGGGGUCUGGAGAAUUGGGCCCAGGAAUGGCGCCAGCUGCCCACAGCCUCUGGGACCUCACUCCUCUGAGCCCAGCACCUGUAGCUUCACUGGACUUGGCUCCAGCUCCAAGCCUGCCUGGAGACAUGGAUGAAGCUACCGUGCCCUGCCACCUGGAGUGCUCAGGGGAACUCACCAAGAAGCCAAGCCCCUUCGAUAGCCCCUCUGGAGAUCGCGCCACCAAUGGCCCAGGAGAAACCAGCCCCAAGCCACCAGGGCUUGCCACAGCCAAGGCAGAAAAAGAAGAGGCUGAGGCCUGUCCUGCUUGGGAACGAGGGUCCUGGCCCGAGGGAGCUGAGAGGAGCUCCCGGCCGGAUACACUUUUCUCAUCUGAGCAGCCGCUGAAGAGCUCCGGGGGUCCACCCCGCAGUCUUUCUCCUGAAGUUGAGUCUGGACCUCAGGGAUGUGCUACAGAGCCCCGCCCCCGCUGUGGAGAGCUUUCUCCGUCAUUCCUGAACCCACCUCUACCCCCAACCACAGAUGACAGUGACCUUUCAACUGAAGAAGCUCGGCUGGUAGGAAAAGGAGGGCGGCGCCGGGCCGGGAGGCCAGGGCCCACAGGGGGCCCGUGCCCUAUGGCUGACGAAACACCCCCUACAUCAGGCAGUGACUCAGGCUCCUCACAGUCAGAUUCUGAUGUCCCACCAGAGACUGAGGAGUGCCCAUCCAUUACGGCUGAAGCAGCCCUCGACUCAGAUGAAGAUGGGGACUUCCUGCCUGUAGACAAAGCUGGGGGAAUUAGUGGAACUCACCACCCCAGACCUGGCCACGACCCACCCCCAGUCCCCCAACCAGACCCCCGCCCAUCCCCUCCUCGACCGGAUGUGUGCAUGGCUGACCCAGAAGGGCUCAGCUCAGAGUCUGGGAGGGUUGAGAGACUACGCGAAAAAGGGCAGGGGCGACUAGGGCGGAGGGCCCCGGGCCGGGCCAAGCCUGCAUCUCCUGCUCGGCGUCUGGAUAUUCGGGGAAAACGGUCACCUACCCCCGGCAAAGGGCCUGUAGAUCGAACAGCCCGGGCCCUACCCCGACCACGCAGCACUCCAAGUCAGGUCACCUCAGCAGAAGAAAAGGAUGGACACAGCCCCAUGUCCAGAGGCUUAGUCAAUGGACUCAAGGCAGGCUCCACAGCCUCAGGCUCCAAAGGUGGUUCCGGCCCUCCCGUGUAUGUAGAUCUUGCCUACAUCCCGAAUCACUGCAGCGGCAAGACGGCUGAUCUGGGAUUCUUCCGCCGAGUGCGUGCAUCCUACUAUGUGGUCAGUGGGAAUGACCCUGCCAAUGGCGAGCCAAGUCGGGCCGUGCUGGAUGCCCUGCUGGAAGGCAAGGCCCAGUGGGGGGAGAACCUUCAGGUGACUCUGAUUCCCACUCAUGACACGGAGGUGACUCGUGAGUGGUACCAGCAGACACAUGAGCAACAGCAGCAACUGAACGUCCUGGUCCUGGCAAGCAGCAGCACUGUGGUGAUGCAGGACGAGUCCUUUCCAGCCUGCAAGAUUGAGUUCUGAGAGACCCACCCUCCCUUCCCCAGGACCCACUCCUACAGCUCAUUUAGAGAAUGGCUACUGCUGAGUCCUUUGGGGGUUGAGGGAAAUGGAGCUGGGCGGGGGCAACGUCAUGAGGACUUGGGCUAAAUGGGAGGUUACUGUCCUUCCCCUCAUCUGUUCCUGGGGAUUUCAAGACCAAAGGUUCAUGAGGGGGGAAUACAAAACUAUGAGAGGUCAUCUGAGGCCUGAAACCCCUAGAUUAAUGCCCUCUCCUAGCACUGCCAAAUGCUGGUCUUGGAUGAGGAUGGGUUUCAGAGAGCAUAGUCCUCUCUCAUGGAGGAAGAUUAACAUUCCCCUCCCCCAAACCUUAUUAUUUAUUUGGCAUCCCAGAGAGGAUUGCUAAUAAUUUAUAUGCUAUAGGGAAGGCCACUGUUAGUAAGGUGUCCAGAGCUGCGCCCUUUCCUUCAUCUCCCACGCCCUAGCUACCAGAGUAUAGGUUCGAGUAUAGGUUCCAGCAAGGACCUGGGGGUAUGUGGCUGCUAUAUUGUCUUAUUGCUUCCCUCAAUAGCUGAAUGUCUCAAUCCAAAACUUGAAGCUCUUUAGACCAAGAACUAGGGAGAGGAAAAAGGAGCUCAUCUCUCAGCCCCCACUUCAUACCAUUUACAACCUAGGGCUGUGCCCAGACCAGGCUACCUGGGCAGCACAAAGGGCAAGGAGAGCCCCAGCCCCAAUCCCUCCAAACUCCCUGAUCAUUUAGAGUCUUCACCUACCCCAUUCCAACAACCCUGAUUCCUCCUCAUCCCCUGCUUGGCUUCUCUGCAUGUGGUCAUUUGCUAUGGCCUGGUGUGUAAUGGGUUAAAAAUAAGCCACUGCCUGACAUCCACAUCCAACAUUUUAGCCACGUGUGACUCCCCAACAUUCCAGUCCUUUACCAUCCUGCAGCUGAAAUGGGAGCACUGGCUGCCUCUCCAAACCCCAACUCUUGGACAGAGGUUCUGGGAGGUGGAGGCUGGUUUAGAGAACUUGGGAGGAAGGGGGACAGGAAGGAGGAGGGGCAAGAAGAGAGGAAGAUGAGCUAUAGCUUAACUCCUCCUGAGUGACAGGAUAAGCAUUCUACUACAGGACCUCGCCCCAACCAAGCCAGUGAGCAGCCCUGCCCGACCCUGCUGGACUGAGAAACCCAGACACUGAUAGUUCCUGGGGCUUGCCUUCUGUGCCAAGCCAAUGGGAAAUCCAGUGGAGCCCACCUCAUGUUGUUCCUAGCUCCCCUCCCCCUGCUGCUGUGCUCUGCUCCUCCCCACACCUCCCUGCUACAGAUCCUGGCUGCUGUAACAGCCACCUCCAACGCUAACAAUAAAUCAAGUUCAUUGCA